AUGGCCAAAUACAGUUUCUUGUUGAUUCUCUAUGGCACAUUUAGCACGGUGUUGUUCGGCCUCUCCUUGUUUACGCUGGCAUCUCGAGCAUAUGACUACUUCACUUUAAUUCACGAGCUUACGGGCAGCUUUCACCUCACAUUACUUGUCAAUUUUGUUGUCUUUUGUUUUAUCCUCUGGGGUCUUGUCAGUACAAAAUUGCUCUUUGGAGAUCUCCGGAUCAUUGAGACUGAGCAUUUGGUGGAUCAAUUGCCUUUCUACGGACUUAGCUUGCUCUUCAUUUUAUUCAACGAUGACAAUGUUCUUCUCAGCAUGUUUUGGGGAGGAACCACCAUCCUUCUCAAGCUGUAUCAUAUCAUCAAUCAGGAUAGACUUGAGCAUCUUCAGUUGAUGACAGUCAAUAACCUACACAACAUCAAUUCGCCAUCGCUCAUAUUCCGCACAUUUGCGUCGAGCAUUUUCAUGUUUUACCUCCUCGUAUCAAUCGUGAUUGAUGUGUUUAUGGCGAAGCUUUUAGUUUUCGAUGUUUUUCAAGGCGUAAGCUCGAUCGGGAGUUUACUCUACGGAAUCCAAUUCGCGGUUAUGGCUACAGACAGCUUUGCUUACUUGUGGAAGGUUGGCUUGAAUGUGUACGAACUCAUGUUUUACAGGUGUGUUCCACAUCCCGACGCUAGUGUACGUACUCCGACACAGCAAUCUGUUCCGACUGACGGAGCCGAACAUUCCGGAUCAGGCGACGAAGAUUUAUUUGACGAUGACAAUGAUGAUGAUGAAACCGAGCAAGUGUGGGAAAACAAGCCCCUUUAUACUCAAACAUUGGAGAUUUUGUCAUCGGUGAUCAAAAGCGUGUUCUACUUGAUCUUCAGCUACAUGCUCUACGUGCAUUCUAACCUUCCACCACCAAUCUCUAUGAUCCAAGGCGGAAUCGUCUCCAUGCUUCAGGUUGUUCAAAAAACGAAAAGACUUGCAGCUUUUCUCUCUCAAGCUAAAAGUUUGGACAAGCAACUCGAAGAUGCUACUGUGGAAGAUUUGAAUGCUGCUGACUACAUGUGUAUUAUCUGCCGUGAUAACAUGCACUCGCCAGAAGCAUACGAGGCACGCCGCCACAAACCAUUAAUACCCCGGCGGCGACCAAAGAAGCUUCGCUGUGGUCACAUUCUUCACAUGGGAUGUUUGAAAGACUGGCUUGAAAGAUCAAGCGUUUGCCCGUUGUGCCGGAAAAAUGUUUUCGCUCUAGAGGCUCUGACACCACCACAGCCUCAAGGAACUGCACAAGUUCCACAGGAGACCAAUCCUCCGAACCAUGGCAUGCAUCCGACGAGGACGUUUCCUUCUGGAGUGCCAAUCCCUACAUCGGAAGCUACAAACGUAUCUGUGCACGGAACGAAUGGGAAUCAAAGCACGAACAACAUGUUCACUGGGCGGGUUCCAAGUGGCUGGACAGCAUUUCCCAUUACUCGAACAGGCCCUGAUCGGUUUACAAUCCGUGUUUCACCAACACAGUCAGGGACUUUAAUCAUUAGGGAAAACACAGGGGACGCCCAGCUUUAUACGUUAGGAACAAAUUAG